AUGAACGUUGUCAGGUGCUCGCAACAAGCUGGGUUCAGCGGCCGGACGAUGGAAGGGGUACUUGUGCCCUGGCGUCAACGGCGGACGGGCUCUCGCGCUGCCGCAACUAAGAUUCAAGCUAUCUCAGAUGUCCGCAUCGAGGUGGAGAAGACCAGCUGGAGCAGCCGUCGCAUAUAUGCUGCUGUGGUCGUAGCCGCACCAAAGAGCUGCGUGUGGUCGGCCUUGACCGACUACGACAAUCUCGGCAACUUUGUUCCCAGCCUCGUCGAGAACCGUUGUCUGGAGCGCACCGCCAACUCUGCGGUCGUUUACCAGGCUUUCCGUGGAAUCUGGCGACUGCAGCAAACCGGCGAGCUGUCCACACUGCUGAGCUAUGCGCUGUUCGUAAAGCCUCAGGCCUGGUUGCCCGUGGCGCUGAUCCAAGGACGCAUAGAGAACGAGGUGGUUCGCAACCUUGAGGUUAAGGGGAAUAUAAAUAGGUACACAACAUUAUACAGUUAUACUGUCAACGGUCGAUUAGAUUUCCGGAGACAAGUCAAAACUUACGCCGUACAUUGUACGGCCCUUUUGGUAAACUGCCUGACGCCGCCACGUUGUGCCGCCAUGUUCAUCGCUGACGCGGCCAACAUCAGGUAUAGGCAGGGCAACUUUUUACCUCAAAUAACAAACCCAAGAUAUAAAUAUCUAGAUCAGAGGUUAAACGAAAUGAAAAGAUGA